AUGCAGUUUAGCGAAGCGUUGUUCCCGCAGAUCUUCCCCCCGGUUGAAGAGGGCGAGGACCCCACGGUGAUGACUGGCGAUUUCGCCACCGACACCCAACCCCGCCCCGGGAGGAACGCCUUCGGCCAGAAGCCACGAUGGCCCCGAGAGGCGCCCGGAGGCAUCGAUCGCGCAACCGAUGGGCCCGCGGCGCACGUCCUGUUCGAACCCUCCAGGCUGCACGAGGCGACGUGUAAGGGAUUCAUCGAGGAGGUGACCUGGCUGCUGGACUCCGCGCCCGAUGAGCAGAGAUGCACGGUGGACGACCUCGACCCCGGCGGCCGGUCCCCUCUGCAUUUCGCGGCGGGGUACGGCCACUUGGACAUCGUUAAGCUGUUGACGGAACGGAAAUGUAAGCUGGAGGUGCGGGACAUGUGGAUGAAGGCGCCGGUGGAUUGGGCGAUCCAGACCGAGCAACACGAGAUCAUCGAGCUUUUGCGCAUCGAGGCAGUCAAGCAGAAAAUCAUAGGCGGGAAAGGCGAGGUGGCGCCUCUGAAGACCAAGUGCGAGUUCGCCACAGGCAAGACGUUCGAGGAGAUAGACGAGUUCAUGUGCAACUGGGAGAACAAGGUAUGGGACAAGCACGAGAGGGCAUGCAUGGAGGAAAGAGAGAAUCGGGCACCGUGA